UAUUUCGCGCAUGCGUGUUGAGCGCGGAACCGUUUCGAAAACAGCACCGCGAAAUUGGCUGGACUCGGCCGCUGACAGCUUGUGUAUUUUGCCAUUUUAUGAACAAAUAUAUCUACGACAUUGUUCUGUUAUAAUGUUUUAUCACCCGUUGUAGGUGUUUUAACACAAAGACGUUAGCUUGGCUAGCCUUAUUUACUUUAACGUUAGCUACAGUUGCUAACGUCGUCUAUUAACAAUUUCUUUCGCUAAUGUUAGCAAUCUAGCAGACAUGAAUCCAGUACGUGGUUCUAACCGGGCCGCUUCAAAUGCACCUAACUUGAAGAGCAAGAAAAAAUCCGAUAGGACUUCUAAAAAACAAGAAACCGAACAUCAGGAUCCGGAACCUAGUGACAAUGACCAUGGCAAGAGUACAUACCCAAAACCAGCACAGAAGAGGAAAGCUGGUGGCUCAUCUCCAGUCCCUAAGAAAGUCAAAAGUCAGAAAAACUGGAAGCUGAUGCCAGUGUCUUCCAUCACGGCUCUGGAGAACAUAUUGGACUUGUCAAUACUAGCAACUCUUGCUUUGAAGCAGAAAGAGAAGAAAGAGAGCCAGGAACAUCUGAACAUUGUGAAAAACAGGUUCCUUGCUCAAUGUGCACAGUUCAAAGUUCCUGUACAGAAAGGAAAGGAUGUGGAACAUUCAUCUCACCGCCACCAGGAGGAGAGCAAGAAGUCAGUGGUUGGAAAAACAACUCUGAGCACCCUUGAGGAAGACUUGAAGGCUGUGGUCAGAGCUCUGGAGAAGACAGAGGAGCAGCAAGACUCUUUACAGCAUACAUGCAUGAUGCUGAGGGACCAGGUGGAGGAGGAGGAGGAGAAAGCAAAAGAGAUCUUACAGAUACCUGAACGAGGAGUUCUUAACCUUCCCCUGCUGCCAUCGCAGAAAGAUGAAACAACAUUAGAGGCCAAGAUGAGAAAAAUUAUACCAGACAGUGACUCUGAGGCCACAGCCCGGAAACUGGGGAAAAUCCUGCAGAAAUCAGAGGCCGUCCAGGAUGCCCAGGCGCUGCUUUUACAGGCACACAAACACGCUGAUCAGCUCUUCAACCCAGCUGGUGGAGCACCUUGUUCAGACUAGAACCCCACUAAAUCUGUGCUUACACUGGUCUGAGGAAAUCCACAAAUGUAAGAAGUUUGCACCUGAGCACACAUUGUGGCUUUGGUGCCAGAAUCUGGUUUGAAGUCAGUUCAAACCAGACUCUAGCACCAAAGCCGCAGUGUGCCUGGUUUGAAGUCAGUUCGACUUUUUAUGAUUUUGGAACAUCUGCAAUAAUCAAAAUUCUACCCCCCAAAAUUUUAGCCAGUAUGAGUAGAAAAACAACAAAUUUUCAGCAGUAGUAGCAGACAGAAAUGUAAGGAAAUAAGCUGACACCAUGAAAUUUCUUUAAGUUUGUGUAUUUUGGUCAAAUAAAAUUAAACAAAAAAAA